AUGGGGUGGCAUCCCCAGAACCCUCUGGCUAGAGGCGAGGACAGACGGACAAGGAUGGACAGAUUCCGGAUGACCGCUGGCCCAGUCUCCCUUCUGGCAGCUCUGGUCCUGCAGCCGGUUCAGGCCCAACCCUGUUUGACCCAGAGGAAGCCGUGGCUGGUGGGGUUGGGGGCCAUGCUGGCCGCCCUCUUCCUCCUCUUCAUCCUCACAGUGGUCUACGCCAUCUGGUGCAGCCAGUCCCGUGACAGCAAGAAAGAGAAGGAAGAGGGGACUGUGAGAGAAGAGGAGAAAGAAGCAGAGGGCAACGGGGGGCUGGAGCUGGAGGAGAAAGGGGGGCCUCCAAACCACGAGAGAGUGCAGAGCUCCUCUGAAUGA